UCAUUAAUUGGCAACAUCGCCACUGACGGCCAUGACAGAUCGUCCAUCACACGCCACUAAAAAAAUUGUGGAUUUGUUUUAAUUAUUCUUUGUUUAAACUUAUCAAAUUAACUUUAAAUUAUGUCAAAACGUCGUAGGAAGUGAUGCUAUCAGACCAGAGUGUUACUGUGGGCGCAUUAUACAGUGUUACAGUGGAGAAACUAGUUGUUUUCGUGUCGAAAAGUACUAGAAUGAGUGGUGUUAAAAAAAGCAUUUUUUUGUGACAACUGCCUCAAGCAGAUCCAAAAUGAAUGUGGGUAUGGAUAUGGAUCCUUUGAGUAACUUUGAGUACCCGAAUUACGAUACGUACGGGAACCUCGCCGUCCCGUACUCAUACGACCAAAGCGUGAAGGUAGAGCUACCUCAAUACAAUUACAACCAACCAAUAAUACCCCAUGCAAAUUCAAGUUCCGUUCAAGUAUUAAACAACCAACAACCAGUCCAACCGGAAAAAGAAAGUGUUCAAAAUGAAACAGUAUCAAAAUCAGAUGAAGUCAAACCGGAUGUUGACUCAAAGAAAGUCAAAAAAGAGAAAAUAAAAGGCAAAAAGAGCAGUUACUGGUCCGUAAAGAUUCCUGACAAGGAUUUCGCCUUUUAUGGAUGUUCGGUGUGUAACAUCAGCUUCCCAACCCUCCAGGAGUUAGACCAGCAUGUCACCGUACACAAGGACAGGAUAACCAGCUACGAUCUGCGAGUGCAGAACCAGAUAAAGAAGAAACAGUUGAAAAAGCAAAAGAAGUUAAGCAAAAAGGUAAAAGAGGAAAAGAAGGACAUAGUUUUGGAGAUAAAACCCGAGGAAGGGUACAUAGGGGAGGAGAAGGCUUCAGAAUUUAAUGCUGGUGAGACCAAUGCGAAUACGGUUAAUAAUGAGAAUAACAUGAACAAUGAUAAUGAAGCGAAUGAAGUCGGCAAAAGUUCUGAGAGUGAAAUCCAAAAGAAAUAUAUUAAGAAUAUUGUGAAAGAAGAAGACAAAUGCAGAGAGAUUGACAAGAAUCUAAUGAACCUGCAGAAGAUAUACAAAUGCUUUGCGUGUCAGAAACAGUUUUCGCUCAGUUAUUACCUGAGGCUGCAUGUCAGGUCACAUACUGACGAGAAGCCGUACACGUGCCCCGUGUGCGGGCAGUCGUUCAUCACGGCCAGUAAGCUCGGCCGACACAACAAGCGCAUACACCUCGCCAUACGAUACCAAUGCCGGAUAUGCUACAAGUUCUUCUCGCAAUUUGAUUUGUUAACGCGACAUUUUGAUAAGAAGCAUCCAGAAGAUAAAUUAGAAGGAGAACCGUAUGACUACAACGCUAUCCUGCCGUACCUGAAGGAGUUGGAGGAGCAGCUGCGAGAGAAGUCUGAAGCGGAGAAGAAGCCCAAGGAGGAGGUGUGGGAGGACCAGUGGGUGCCGGACACGGACCACGCGGAGACAGAGGCGCUGAAGGACGCGGGGAAGACUGAGCCUGAUACAAAAGAAUUUUUCGUGGAAGUGGAACCGCUGUCAGACAUCGUGGUGGAAGAGGUGAAGGUGCUCCCCGAGGAGGAGCCGCUCGUCAAGAAGGAGGAGGAUGUUGAACCGCAGGAUAGCACGGAUGUCAAGGAUGAGAGAGACUUCUCGGACGACGACUACUUCCCGUCGAACACGUGGGCGCGCGUGUCGCCGCCCCCCCUGCCCCCCGAGGCGGACCCCCCGCGGCGGCGCUCCCCGCGCGCGGGCCCGCUCACGUGCGAGGUGUGCCACAAGCGCAUCAGCUCGCGCACGUACAUGCGCGUGCACAUGCGCACGCACACCGGCGAGCGCCCGUUCAAGUGCCACGUGUGCCAGCGCGGGUUCAUCACCUCGAGCAAGAUGCAUCGCCACGCGCUGACGCACGAGGACCAGUGGAAUGGUGAUGCGGACGUCAAACGGGAGGAGAUAAAGGAAGAGGAUGAUGACGAGGAAUCUGACUUCAAAGGUGAAGGAGAUGAAAGUAAAAAGUCAAAGAAGAAAUUGUCUAAGAAACGGCCGAAAAAAGAAGGCGAGAAGCAGAAGAAACGAUAUCAGAAACGGCCUCACGCGUGCGAAUAUUGUCAGAAAAGGUUCCUCCACCUGGACACGCUGCAAGUGCACAAGAAGUCGCACGAGGGUGAGACGCUGGUGCUGAAGUGCAGCUUCUGCCUGGAGGAGGCGCCCGACGAGGAGGCGCUGCGCAGACACGAGAGCACCCACACAGGACCGAAGUCCUACCUCUGCACGCUUUGCGGCAAGAGCUACAAGAAGCGGGAGACGCUGGUGUACCACCGCAAGCACCACAAGCCGGACCGGCGCUCGUACAUCUGCGACAUGUGCUCGAAGCGGUUCGCGUCGCCGGGCAAGCUGCAGCGGCACGUGGUGUCGCACCGCGCCGACCGGUUCGUGUUGCGCUACGAGUGUCCCGUCUGCGCGCACAUGUUCAACACCAAGUACCACGUGCAGAUGCACCUCGCCACGCAUCAGAAGGAGGGACUUAUCAUGGAAGAGAACAGAAACGAAAUCCUCGCGAUGGUGCUUCAGAACGCGCGGAAGAUCCCCAAACAGCCGGACGCUCCCGCCAACCUGACGGACCUCAUGCCCUCGGACGAGCGCAGCCGCGUGUGCAACAUAUGCGGCGAGGUGUUCCAGCACUUCUACUACCUCGAAGAGCAUCUCAAAGGCCACGGGUCCAAAAUAGCCAUCGAGGACCUCGACAAACCCGAAGAGAAGAAAUACACCUGUCAAGUUUGUCAAAAGUCAUUCAAACUCCAUUAUUAUUUGAAACUACACAGUUUCACGCACACUAAAGAGAAGCCGUUCAUAUGCCAGCAGUGCGGGAAGGGUUUCAUCACUAAAGGCAAACUGAAAAGGCACAUUGAGACCCACACGGGGCUCAAAAAGUACCAAUGCCACGUCUGCUACAAGUUCUUCACGAGACCAAGUUACUUGCGCAUCCAUGUGAGGACUAUUCACGGGACCCAGGACUAUAACUUCAGACUGGACAAGGACUACGGCAUGGGGUCAUUCGGGACCCUGUCCGUGAUGACCCAGCUGACGCAAAGUAGUAUUUAAAGGUGAAGGUUAGGGUUGAAUUUACUUUGGUCUGGCGGCGUACUUAGUCCGUGGAGUGAGUGUGUUGUGUCUGAUAUGAUAAUGCUAUCAUAUCAUAGGACGAAAAGUCUCGGCGGAAUUUGGGUGCGAAAAUGGACUAUCACAGCAAUAUAUUUUAUGUUGUAAUUUCGUUUAUAACUCGGAUACUCGGUAACGGCUCAGUUGACUUAUUCGAAGUAUCUUAAAAUUAUAUACGCAAGAGGAUCCGUAACAUAAUGUCAUGAGGUAAUUAUUUUUUUAUUGAUUCAAGCCCGUUUUCAUAGCCUAAGGCAGAGAUGGCGAACCAAUGGCGCGUGUGCUAGUGGUGGCACGUAACAAAUAAUUCGGGCACGCGAGAAUCAAACAUUGUAUAAGAAUCUUUCUUUGGGCUUCACAUCACUAAAUAUCGAUAAAAAAAAACAUACAUGAGUCAUAAAAAAAGUUGCUAAAAAUGCAUUUAGGAUGGAUAAAACCGGUCCUGAAUGGUAUGUUACAGGUAUUUUUUUUUAUAUAAACUAAAGGUUCGCCAUCCGUGACCUAAGGGUAGAGACACAUGCUUCGUAGAAAUUACUAGAACAGACAUUAUAAAGAUGGCCCCGACACCUCGAAGCGUAUCUGAACUAUUACAAAACUAUGACAGUUUUAAGUUGCUUAAUUUCCUCAAAAAUAACUUUCACACGGUUAAUGUGAACGCAUAAUACCUCUUAUUUGUAAGCGGUUAGUCAAUUUAAGGGGUGGGUGUGGGAUAUAUUUUUAUAUUAGAAGAAAUAUUUUACCAGUAGUGUAAUUAAAUAUAGUUGGUAUGUGGUAGUAUAUUUAAAAAAGCAAUUUGCAUAAGGGAUGUCGCGGAUGCGUGUAUCAGCGCGGAUGUCAAAUUCGCGUGAUAGUCGCAUCCGUCUGGAUGUCGAAGCGGAUAUUGCAUUAUUGUGUUUUAUGGUAAUAUGUGUGUCAAACUAGCAGCUGUAAAAGAGGUCCUGUUUCAUAAUAGGGGCCUAUGUAUGGUUGUUUGGCUGCCUCGGUGGCAUAGUUGCGCGCUGAGGUCCUGAGUUUGAAUCCAACGUAAAAAAAAUUGUUAUCUUUGGCAUCUGUGUUUGCGAAUUUCGCAUCCGCGACAUCCUUUAUAAAAAGUAUAUUGUAUUUGAAGAAAAACCAUUAAAGAGCAAUAACUUAAAAGGUUUUAAAAAUUAUAAAUCGACUUUUGGGCCAGUGGGGUAUUGAACCAUAACGCGUAUAAAUGAAUUAGUUAUAAAAUAUACGAAAGAAUAUUAUGAAAUGAAUUGUUUAGCUAAAUUAUUGCUAUAUGUAUUAAAAAAAAUCAUGUGUUAUGCUCAAUAUAUCCAUGAGUUUUCAAUUUUCAUAGUACAUGAACAUUAAUAUUGAUUAUUAGUUUCGAUUGGGCCAGACAGCCAUUAGGGCUCCAUGGUUUAGUGCAGAGGUUCCCAAACUUCUUUUUCUCAUAGACCACUUUAAAAAUUUUGCUGGUUCGGGUGGACCUUUUUUUGGUUUCGUGGAGAAAGUGCAUUACCACCUCCGACUCACUGCCUCCCAGCCAUAGGGAAGGUUAUGUUGGGGUCACCGUGCCUCUUACGAUCUCUAUCAAUAUUAUCUGCUUACAUUGAUAGGUGAAGUCAAGCCAACAUUUUAGUAUUUUACUAUCAAACCAGAUUAAUUUUCGUGGACCCCCGCCGACGAAAUGUGGACCCUCAUUUAUUGAUCACGUCAAUAUAGACCCCUGUCAAGUUUCUCUUGAACUCCUGGGGGCCACUUGGUCCACUUUGGGAAUAAAUAGUUUAGUGGAUAAAUUGUAAAUUUUUCCGUGGCCACCUUUAUAUUGAAUAGUGAUUUUGACUAAUGAAAUCACAUACAACCAUAUAUGGUCCACCCCACCACUUCUAACCACAUUUCGCUGGUUCACUGUAACAAGGUUUCAUGUUAUGGUAUUGGUAUGACUGUUUAUGAUCAACUGCCUUUAUCAGUCAAACUCUGUCAAAGCAAGAAUAAUUCAAUAUUUUUUACAAACGUGAAUGUUUUAAAUCAAAUUUUUCCAACAUAUAAUAAGUUAAGAUAGGACCUUGUAGUAAGCCAGCGAUUUUGUGAGCUUAAAGUCAUUUUCCCUCAUUCCUUACACCCUUAAAAUAUGUAUCUAUAAAAAUUCAGGUCAAACGUAAGUAAUGAAUACACACAAUACAAGGUUUAUACACUGAACGUUUUCACAUUCAGAAUUAGUAACGAAAGCUUUGAUUAUAGGUGACAAAAUUUAAAUAUUUUCUAUGGAUUUAGGAGGAAACACUAAGUGUAGCUCUUUAGUUUGAAAAGCUAUUGGUUUGUAUUCUCGUCAUUUUAUUAUUCAAUCUAUACCAGUGGCGAAAAGUGAAAUUCUCUGAAAGCAACGGCUGCAACAAGCAACUAAAAUGUAUAAAUGCGGUCUGUAAAUCGUUCUGAUGAUAAUUAAAGUCUACAGAAGUUCUGUCUAAAGGAAUGCCGGCAGGAAUCUGGUAAUAUAGACCCUUUGCCACUAAUCUAUACUAAUAUAUAAAGUUGAAGAGUUUGUGUAUAUGAACGCGCUAAUAUUAGGAAAUACUAAACCGAUUUUGAAAAUAUUUCACUAAUAGAAAGUUACAUUACUCUACUUAGUAUCCCGGCAAACCAUCUAAGCCAGAAAAAAAAUUACACGCGGGCGGAACCGCAAACAAAAGUUUGUUAAUUUUAAAAUAGACGAAAUUUAUUUGAUUCUAAACUCUAGUGAAUGAAUCAGAAUUAUAAUUAGAAAAGAUUGCCUUAUACAUAUAAUUAGAAGCUCUUUACUUUGUUCUCUGCAUAAGUGGUUAUUUUAAAAAAUGGCUGGAAUCCAAAUCAAUAGUUUGCGUAACAAAUUGUUCAUUGUAAAUAAUGUAAAUUGUUAACAUUUAAAUGUAUUAAAAUAUGGUAUGAGGUUAUGUUUUGUCAAGGUUUCUUAAUGCAUUGUUUUUAUAUAUAGCUUUAGCGAAUAACUUCAUGAAACAAAGGACUAAAAGAUUGGAUUGUAAUUGCUGUGACGGCUAAGAUGGUUGUUCAUUUAUAUUACAUUUAAUAUGGGUUUGUUUCAUUACGUAAAAAGGCGCAAAAGAUUGUUAAAAAGUCAUAAGUUAGGCCAUUUAUUGCCAGGUAAAAAUUUUGUUUGAGAUGGAGUUUUAAUUUGGAAAUUUAAAAUAAAAUGUUUGAGAUAAAGUUUUCAUAUGUUAACAAUGUAUAUUAGACGUGAAAUAAAGACAAGAAUAAUGAAAAUAAUCAAGUAUUAGGACAGUGUUUUUUAAUCAAAAGCAAUGGCGUCUGCCGUACGGUUGUGGGCUGUCUAAUGUGAUCACAUUUUGCGUCAAGCGAUAUUGAAUGCUGUUCAAUUUAUUUGUAUCAGUGGCGAAUGGUGAAAUUUUCCGAAACGGAAUCCGAUAUAAGAUAUAGAUACUAAUAUGCAUGAAUGCAAUGUUCUGCAAAUCGUUCUAAUUACAUAUUUGAAGGCGUUAACUUCUUUCGUGCAUUUAAUGGAAUGGUUGUUAAUAUUUGUUGUAAUAAAAUUUUCAACAUGCCUACAAUUGAAAUUGAUGGAUUCUUAUAUAAUUUAAUAAUUUAGAAUUUAAAUGAAAACUGGUUUGGCAAUGUUUUGAAAAUUUAAAUAUUUCUCACACGUGUUUUUGUAUAUAAUACACAAGUUGUUAAUGUAAUUUUGUAGAUUCUGUGUUUAGAGAUAUACAAUAUGAAUCGAUGAACAAGGGUUCGUCAGCUCGCCAUGUAGAUGAGGGUAUUUAUAAUGACUACUUUUGUUGGAUAAAUAUACUAGUAAGUAGAGAGAAGGGAAGGGAGGCGCUUCUCUUUGUUGCAUACCCUCAAAAUUUCUUAAGUAUGCAGAUUUCCUCGCGUUGUUUUUCUUCACUGUUAAAUCAAGCGUUAAUUCACAAAGAAUACACACAUAACUUGAGAUAAGUCUGAAGUGUGUUUAGGUUUUGAGCAUGCAGCCAUUCGUCUCGGCAGUCCUGACUAGGUUGUCGCCGAUUUGAUAAUCUGAAAGUUGCUUCAUUGAGAGUUGUGUAAUUUUGCUCAGUAGUUAACUCACCAAACAGCCAUAAAAAUAUUAACUAUAUUUCGACCCUUAAGUUUAAGGAUGAUACUUUCAAGUUAAGUUUGAUAUUGUAUAACUCUAAGAUACGGAAUGUCAUUAAGUUUCGUCGGUUUUACAAAGAAUAAGGUAAAAUAAUGUGGUUGUUGAUUUUGUAUUAAAGAAAAUUAAAAAUAUGCGUUUUA